AUAAUAUUAUAAAUAAAAUAAAUUUAUAAGACAGGAAAAAAUCUCUAGUUAGAAUAAAGUUGGAUGAAGCCACCUCCUUCCUUCUUUGAACACGUGCCCUUUUCAUUAAAAGCAUGUGAACUUCAAUAAAGUUGUAAUUGUUUAAUGUAAUGGGGUCCAACGCAGAUGUUGAUGAUUUUUGCCCGACCGUCUUCUCUGUGUGAAACGCUCGCGGUCCAGCUUCUCGUCCUCAUUGAUGCUUCUGAGAAACGUAUACAGCAGUUAUGGCAUUCAUUCAAUCUUGAACUGCUAUGCCUCUUUAGUUCUCUUAAAUUCAUCGAUCUCAUCGUCGUCUUUAAUAAGCUACGAACUUGAGAAAGACAAUCUUUCGAGACUCCCUCUUGUUACCGUCGAGUCUCCCCUUCGAGAUGCCAAGUCUGUACUUCGUGGAGAUUUACAGUGGAUCAAGACCUACAAGUUUAUCUUUUGGGCACUCAUAUUCGAUGGAAAGAUGUAUUUUCCGCAGAUAUUUCCCUUGGAAAGAGCCUCCCUUCAAUAUAACAUCUAUAAUAUUCUCGCCGACGAUCACUGAAUCCCUGUCGCAACCUCCCCUCUUGCUCAUGAUCCUUUUUUUUUUUUGUUUGGCUUGAGAAAUUAUUUGUUUUUGAGUUGUUCAAUAGAUUGUAGGUAAUAGCUUUGUCACUGAACAGUUGCAGAUUUGGACCUCACUAGAACUCUUCAUCAUAAAAAGACGACCGCAAACAUCUACUCGUGCAAAAACAAUCAGCCAUUCAGAAUCAGUUUCAUUUACUACAAGAAACAAUCCUUAGGUGAUUUGGCAAGUAACAGCCUUAAUACUCACGGUUUGAAAGAUGGAGAGCUAAGAAACAGAUGAUGUACACCAUUGGCACAAGAAGAGAUUUGUUCACUCCUUUCAGCUUGAGAGACGUGCUGUGGAGAUAUAGGGUCCUCAAGCAUCUGGAGAAAAAAAUAACCCCUGCUGAAGCAUAAAGGCCAAGAGGUUAUUGUAUGUCUUCAAAAUCUCUGGCUCCCCCUCGCUAUCCUAUACCUGAUGAAAUGUUUAGGCUUCUCAACCAUGACUAAAUAUUAUCAUUGGCUAACACGAGCACUCACCUCCUGUUUUUUUUUUAACCUAAAUAGACUAACUAUAGUUUUCCAAUAUCUGAGCGUAAUCAACUUGAAUUUUCAUAAACAUUAUUGGAGACUUGACUGUUAAGCUAGAUGGGCUUUCAACCUAAAACCAAUUGGUGAUAAGUGGAGUGGCCUAUCUAUCUUAUAUAUUACUAAAGAUCCCUUCCAACUACCGAUGUGAGACCUUUGUCCCUAAUACGCCCCCUCGAGAUGAUGGUUCUUUAAGCGUCAAUCUCGGAAUGUUUGGGCAAAGAUCGAGGGCCAACUUUGGGCCGGGUCGAUAUGGAUCGGGUUGGACUGCGUGGAUCGGGCUCUGAUACCAUGUUAAGCUAGAUGGGCUUCCAACCUAAAACCAAUUGGUGAUAAGUGGAGUGGCCCAUCUAUCUUAUAUAUUACUAAAGAUCCCUUCCAACUACCGAUGUGGGACCUUUGUCCCUAAUACUGUUAAGCUAGAUGGGCUUCCAACCUAAAACCAAUUGGUGAUAAGUGGAGUGGCCCAUCUAUCUUAUAUAUUACUAACGAUCCCUUCCAACUACCGAUGUGGGACCUUUGUCCCUAAUACGCCCCCUCGAGAUGAUGGUUCUUUAAGCGUCAAUCUCGGAAUGUUUGGGCAAGGAUCGAGGGCCAACUUUGGGCCGGGUCGAUAUGGAUCGGGUUGGACUGCGUGGAUCGGUCUCUGAUACCAUGUUAAGCUAGAUGGGCUUUCAACCUAAAACCAAUAGGUGAUAAGUGGAGUGGCCUAUCUAUCUUAUAUAUUACUAAAGAUCCCUUCCAACUACCGAUGUGAGACCUUUGUCCCUAAUAUAUAAGAUAAUUAGGGGGCGUAUUAGGGACAAAGGUCCUACAUCGGUAAUUGGAAAGGAUCUUUAGUAAUAUAUAAGAUAGAUGGACCACUCCACUUAUCACCAAUUGGUUUUAGGUUGGAAGCCCAUCUACCUUAACAUUGACAGCAUCAGAAGCUCUUUUAAUGACGACUUGCAAGACAACAGUUCAGAUGGAAGGGUGAUUUUAACUCCUAUGAAACAAGAAUAGGCGCACCGCAUUACCACUCACCCACUUUGUAUUUUGCAGGGAUGUCUCUAUCUGCCUAAGUUUAUUUGACGACCUAGCCUACAAAUUUCAUAAAAGUUUACAAGUUUUGAUACCGAACCAAGGGUUGUUGUAGCUACAUACGUCAAUCCUGAAAUGGUUGGAGGGUGGUUAUUCGCAAACGCAACAUCUGAGACUCAUAUCUACUUAGACUUGGAAACAGCUGCAAAACAGUGUUAUUAUGAGAGAUUGGCUACUGAUGGCUCAGCAGCGCCAACAAGCCCAACAAAGUUACCUCAUGGGAAGAAAUUUGAAACCCUCACCGUCUCAGAGCUGAAUGAAUAUGUCACCACAACACAAUUUCACGCAAUCGACUUCCUUUGUAUUGGCAAAGUUAUGGGAAUUCAAACUGACAAAGGCUGGUGUUACAUUGGUUGCUCUAAGAAGCUUCUGCAGGGUGAAUCUUCAUUCACACGCACUGUUUGCGCUAACCCAAAUGUUGUUGCUUCCCUCAGGUACCGUGUGGAGUUGACCAUUUCAGAUGAAACCGAGGAAGCUAUCUUCGCAGCUUUUUCCGAGAUGAUCAAGCUGACAACGUCCACGCUUCUGAAGUUGGGUAACACAUGGUUCAAUUUCAACUAAUCCUCCUAUAAGUUAAUAAAUUUCACCUUUUCCUACUUAACAUAUUUACCAAAAUAAAUAAAUUUCAUCUUUUCCGGUGGUAAUUUUUUUGAAAAAACAUUAUUUCCCAUGUUCAGGGUGGAGGUUUUGCUGAGCAGCAGGAUAACAAGUACCCAUCUUUAAUCAUUGAGAUUAUCAUGAAUACUUACAUUUUCAGCUGAAAUUGUUUUCAUUUUAAUUUUACAUCAAAGCGUCAGACCUUAGCGUCUUGAUUUUGGUGUUGAUGUAUAUUUUUUUCUAAUUGGAAUAUACAUUAAUUCGCUGACUGAUUAAGCGUUUGCAAAUAUCAUUAGCAAGGAAGAGAUGAUGGGCCCAAAGACAAUAUGCCUGAAGCCAUCUCAGUUGCCUCAGCUUCUGCUAAGCUAGGCAACAACAAUGCGAAGGAGAAACCGUGAGUUACAUACUGCACACUGGGGAACCUCCCUGAAGUUGAUGGCUUCAUAUCUGAGAAUCCAAAGCUCAAGACAAUUGAGCCUGCUGCUAAGAAGUCCCGUACGGAAAAGAUGAAUAUGGAAGCCUUUUUUUAUCAUGUUGCUGUCGUUUUUCUAAAUCAAAUAAUGCUUUGGCAUUUUGCCAUUUGCAAACUGUUACGUAUGUAACAUUGAGCAGUUUUUCAGGUCGCCGCUCCCGUAAAGAGAAAAAAAGAGCGAUCUUGAAGAAGAAACAUCGAGCACCGGCGUUCGGCCUUUCUGGUCGCCGCUGACUGCUUCUCUUCUCUCUU